AUGGACUGUCCCUCUAAUCGCAAGUACGCAGCAAACUUCAUCCCUCUGGUCUUUCACAUUCUCUCCGUCCUUGGCACCAUCGGAAACUUAGGCAGUCUGUGGGCUUGUUUACGACCAUCCCAACCCUGGAGUAUUGGCACCAUUGGUGUGCUGAACCUGGCUCUGUGUGACCUUGCUUAUCUGGCCUCAAUCACUCCAUGGGCCGCAUACAUGGAUGCUGAUUACCACUGGAACAUGGGCCAGUCGUUUUGCAUCCUGGUCAAGAUCCUGUACUUUGUGGGUUUGACGUCUAGCACCAUGUUCAUCUGCGCCAUCAGCACCGACCGCUUCUUGGCGAUUGUCUUUCCUCUGGAAUCCCGGAUGAUUCGGACUCCCCGAAACAGUGCUCUUGUCUCUCUUCUGCUGUGGGCCAUCACCAGCCUCCUCAUCUACCUCAGUUACCCAAACAUCCUCUACUGGGUGAGAAGGGAUGGCAUCCACGUGUGUGGAGCAAUAGUCAUCUCCAGGUUCAGGACCACCAAGGCAACCUACAACCUCCUGUCCUAUUACUCCAUACAAGUCUCCGUCCCUUUGCUUAUCAUUAUCCCCUCCUAUGUGAAGAUCAUUGCCCGGAUGAAGCAGUCGAGACAGCAGUGGGGCACCGGAAACAUGCAAGGGCGAGAUAAGACCAUCUGGUUGAUUUCUGUCUUCAUUGCCAAUUUCCUCAUGUGUUGGGUGCCAGGGCAGCUGCUGCACAUCAUCGCUUGCGUCAUCUUCUUCACCUUGAAUGACUGCAAAAACACCUGCUGGGUGGCCUGGGUGGUCAACCUACUGGUUGAAGCAUCCCAGUUACUCUACUGCCUCAACGCUUGCUUAGAUCCAUUGAUUUUUCACUUGCAACAAGGGCACGGAAAGGUGCUUCACAAAGCGGUGAUUAGGUUGGCCAGCUGGUUGAGAAAGCUGAUGCUGAAGGGGAAAAAACAUGAUUUGGGAGGGCUCCCCGUGGAGCCCAUAAGUGUUGUCCAACUUCACAGUGCUCCAAAAAAACCUUAA